AGAAAGCAGGGAUUAGUGUAUUUACAGCUCCGCUCAGCCGGCGUCAGCCUCCUAUUCAAAACACACAAUUUCAACUGUAAUUUGCAUUUUACAGGUCUGCCGUUGCCCCCCCCCCGACAAAUCUCAGCCUGUUCGGUUUGAGCCACUGAGGAGGAUCGUUGCUGCGGUCUGGAGCUGUGACAGCGCGUCGCCGUGUCGGGCCACCAGCCAUUGGGUGGGACAAGGGAACAGAUGGCGCAUCCAAGCCGGGCUGCAGGAGCCGUUAGUCCUGCACUGAAGAUGAGUAUUAAUCAGUGAAAUACGUCUGGCUGUUAGCUGAAAGCAUCUUCUUCAGACAACCAUGAGAAGAGACUAGGGUAGUGGGUGUGAGGAAGCAACGCAGAUUGAGUAAAAACAUAAUAAUUCAUGCGCGACUGUUGUGGACCCACUGGCAUCAACUUAAUCCCUCUGGACGUGUCUGUCUCGGUGAACAAUGGUUGACAACCGCUACGCCACAGCUCUGGUCAUCGCCUGCGUGCUGAGCAUCCUGGAUCUGUCGGUGGCGGUGGGGACGCAGCACUGGUACCAGUACAGCAGCCCCACGGUGCGCGGGGAGGGCAACAUCUCGCGCGCCUUGUACGACGAGUUCAGCGGAGAGUUCGAUGAGAAGACCUACAGCGACACACUGUUCCGCCUCAACGGGACCGUGGGCCGUGGCUGUGUGCUGGUCCCCGCCAACGCUCCCUGGUACAAGGAUCCAGAUGUGAAGUUGGAGUGUCGAAAUUUUAAUCUACCUCAGCAGUUCACUCCCCAAGUAAAAGAACCAGGGAACCACAACAGUGAGGAUAUGCUCCGCACUUACCUGUGGAGAUGCCAGUUUCUGCUUCCACUGGUGUCACUGGGCCUGGUGGUGUUGGCAGGCCUGACUGGGUUCUGUGCCUGUCUCUGUCGAAGCCUCACGCCUACUCUAGGGAUAGGCGUGCUUCACCUGCUGGCUGGCCUCUGCACUUUAGCUACAGUGUGCUGCUAUCUGGCGGGGAUGGAUCUGCUGCACAGGGUGUCAAUGCUUCCUGACAAGGUGGAUGGCUCUCUGGGCUGGUCCCUUUACCUGGCUCUUAUUUCCUCGCCUCUCCACAUGAUGGCCGCCGCCUUGCUGGUGUGGGCGGCGCGCAGUCAUAGUCAGAACUACUACCGCAUGACCGCCUACCGCGUGGCGUAGACUGAGGUUCAGCUCUGGAUCUCAAACCCUGUUCAUAAUUCACACCCCUCUCUGACACCCAAGGUAGAUUUUCUUAAUGAUCUCAGAGGAAGAAGUUGUGGGUUAAUCCAAUGGAUUAAAAUGCAUAUACUCUCUAAUAAUGACCCUAUCUGCUGCAUUAAAAGAUUAGAUUUUUAUCUCGCUGGUGGUUAUCGAAUUGGUUUUAGAAGGUCAACCGCAAAGAUUAGUAUAGUAUAGCAUAAGUUUGGUUUAUACUACCUUAACUCCAACAGCAAAGCAUCAACCUUGUCACAGUUUCAUGCUACAUACAAAUUCAGUCAAGAUUCUGAAUACACAGUGUACACACAGUGGCUAAAUACAACUGGUGGUUAAAUUGCAGUUUAUUUUCAGUGUUUCUUGAGUCACUGAUACGAUUAUACUCGCUAGGUUAACUGCGGACAUUAAGCACAAGUCUUAGUUCAGCUUUGAUUUGUGUCUGAUGGGCUUUUCAUGGUUAUGCAGGCACAGUUUUCUUGUGCAAUGUUUGACAUUUCAUGGGCUUGCUUUCAGUUUUAUCUCUGUACAGCUUUUUACUUUCAUACACUGCUGUUGAAAAGUUUGGGGUCACUUAGAAAUGUCCUUAUUUUUGAAAGACAAGCAGCCUUUUUUUCAGUGAAGAUAACAUUAAAUGAAAUAGAAAUACAGUCUAUGUGGUGAAUGACUAUUCUAGCUGGAAACAGCUGAUCUUUAAUGGAAUAUCUCCAUAGGGGUACAGAGGAACAUUUCCAGCAACCAUCACUCCUGUGUUCUAAUGCUACAUUGUGUUAGCUAAUGGUGUUGAAAGGCUAACUGAUGAUUAGAAAACCCUUGUUGCAAUUAUGUUAGCACAUGAAUAAAAGUGUGAAAUUUUCAGGGUGACCCCAAACUUUUGAACGGUAGUGUGCAUCAUUAUGGGAUGUUGCUGCCUUCUUAUUGUUCCCUCUACUGACAGCAGAUGCAUCACACUUCUACAAAUUGUUGACCAGAUGAUGAGCCAAGUUUGUUCGUCUUGUAUGUUUAGACAAAAAAUGGUGGCGUGGGGUUUCACUAAUCUAAAAGAUGCUCCGUCCAAAAACACAGCUCCUCACAAUUAGAAGAACAAUCAAUUAAAUUGUUGAAACUACUAAAAAAAAAAAACUCAGGGAAAACUCAUAUUUAUAAAGACAGAUGUGUCUAAAAUCAUGGAUUGAUUAAUGUGAAUCAACAUGCGUCUUGUGUAGUCUCCAACCGCUAUUAAAAACAAGACACUAUAGAGAUCAGUAGACAUAUUAGCUACAUGCUAACGGUUGGAUUUUUCAAGUCUGAUUUGCUUCUGAUUGCACCCGGAAUCACAGCUGGAUGUGGUGACAAAACAGCCUGACUAUGUUUCUGCAGCAAAGUACAAAAAUGCUAAGAUAAUUCUGUCGACAGGGGUUUGCUUUAAGUGUUUAACUUCAACUGCUUUGAAACAUUGUCAGAGAAUGUUGCAUUAGUGAGGUGUACAGUGAGUUAGGCAGUUACUGUGUUCAUAUUUCUGUUAUUACAAAAGAAUUAAAUGUCUAGUGUUUCUUUUUUUUUUACUUAAGUAACGUAUUUAUUUAUGGCAGUGAUAUGUUUCUGAUUUGUUUACCCAUUGUAUUGUUUUCUUUGCUCUUUUCAUACAUAUUUUUUACUAUUUGGAUUUUGUAGAUCUUUUAAAAAAAAGUCAUUUACUCAACGUAAUAGUGCUAAUUUAACAAUUGUGUUAACCCCAUACACUUUUUGUGAGUUUUGCUUAUUAUUUGAUGUUUGCGUUUCAUUUUUUUAAAUUUAUAUUUGUUCCUUGGCUUAUUUAUUCAUUUCUUUGUUACCACCCUUAUGGGAAAAAACAUACACAUGAACUACUUUAACAUGAUUUAAGGAAAAUUGUUUCCCCCUCUUUGGCAUUAUGAAUGUACUUUAAAGGCCAUAUUAUAAUAGUCUACAAGUAUAUCUUUGCACUUCAAAUUAUUUUAAACGUAUGCUCAAUAUUGUUGCAGUGAUUGGUGGUGAAUUUCUAUUUUUUGACAAUGUAAAUGUUCAAGUAUUUAAAUACAUUUGGAAAACAGCAUCAUUAUGACCCAGAAACCAUGUUAUAUGUCUGAAUAAAUAUAGAGGAACACCGCUCCGAAGGGUUCAUGAAAUUAAUGAAUGUCUGUGAAAUAAUGCACUAUUUGUGGUCUCAUGGUAAAUAAGACUGUAUUUCACACAUUCAGCCUUUAAAUACAAGAAAUCCCUGAAUGCAUUGUAGCAUAAUGUAUGGCAUUUGUGAAUCUAAAGUGAAAACGUUGUUCUUUCUCCAGUUGUGAAAAGUUACAAACUGUACACUUGUGUGCAAGUAUAUGCAAGCGUACACAUGCUUUCAUUUCAAUAAAGGUUUUCCUAAAAAUUUA